UGUAUAUUGUUAACACCACGAAAGGAUAAAAAGCUGAUUAUGUGCAGAAGUACAUCAUAUUGUUCUAACCAGACAUAGAGAUGAAGCUGUUUGUACUUCUGUUGAUAUUCACCUGUGUUGCCUGGCAACAGUCUGACGCUCUCUGGUCCAAACGCCGAGGGCGAUGGUGGCAAUUCCGCGGGCAUGCAGUUAACUUUCGAGGUCCCGUUGGGCUUUUAGGUAGAGAUAUUGGGAAACAAGUCGACACAGAUGACGAUGGAUAUCUGGACGAGACUGAGUUAGAGAAAUACUUCGGCCAGCGAGACGUUCUCGACUUCGUGGCAGCUUUAGAUCAGGACGGUGAUGGUCUACUCUCUAUUGAUGAAUUCAAUAAUAAGCAGUAACCAAUUAAUCCGUUUUUAUUGAGCAGCUGUCAGUAUUUCAAUAUUCCCGAACAAUCAAAGAUGAGACUCUUGGCCUCCGCUGUCAUGCACCAUUUUGUCAGAGUAUGGCAGUAAUGCAAAUAUGAAUAAAUGUUGUUAUCCAGAUUCAGGCAUUUUCGUUUAAAGGUGCUAUGUGAAAGUUGAAACUUCAAUAUUUCGUUAUUUUCACAUUUCUUUGUAAUAAAUAUCU